AGAGAGAGUGCCUGAUGGCAUGUUGUUAUUCUCUCUCUAUAUAUAUCGAUAUCCUUUGUUGAUCGGUUGACAGAGUUACUUCGUCUCCAAGGCAAAGGUCUCAAUACCAGCGUUAUCAAGACAAACAGAGCAAGCACUGCAAAACGCUACAACAAAGAAACAAAUAUCAUAUAUACCUACCCAGAGCUUAGAACACGAGCUUCCACCGAGGCUUUUUGAACGAGUCCCCAGUCAGAGAGAUGGCUCACGGGCAAAGAAGAUUGCGGAAGAGACGCACUGAGUGUGAUUCUAUAGAGGAGACUCUAGCAAAGUGGAAGAAAUUAAACAAUGAACUUGAUGCUGGAAAAGAUGGAGUAGAUGUGAUACGUAAGGUUCCAGCUAAGGGCUCGAGAAAGGGGUGCAUGAGAGGAAAAGGUGGCCCUGAAAACACACAUUGCAAAUAUAGAGGUGUAAGGCAGAGGACUUGGGGCAAGUGGGUUGCUGAAAUCCGGCAACCACUUAAUGGGACUUAUGUACCUUCGAGAAGGGGAAGUCGGCUUUGGCUUGGUACUUUUGACACUGCUGUUCAAGCAGCUCUUGCUUAUGAUGAAGCUGCAAGGGCUAUGUAUGGUCCUUUGUCACGCCUUAACUUCCCCGACCAAAUUGCUGAAUCAGUGUCUUCAGAUACAUCUAAAACCUCACCGACAGAGUUUGAAGCAUCAUUGGGUAAUUCUGAGGUUGGUGAAGUUAAGGAAUCAAUGAUUAGUCAACUGUCCACUGUAAGCAGGCUCAAUUACUCUGAAGUUGCUGAUGAGGAAUCAAAUGAACAACAAGGCUGUUCUAAGGUUUGCGUGUUUGAGGAACCAAUGAAGCUGAAUCCAAAACGUUAUCAGUCUUGUGUAUUCCACAAUGUGGAGGAGAAACCUGAUUUCUCUAAGGACUAUUUUCCUCAGCAGGUGCAGAAGCUAGAUGCUCACUUACCUAGUAGCAGCAGCUCGAAUCGUAUGCGGGUGCUACAUCUGAAGGAGAAACUAGAUUGCUUUAAGGACUAUUUCCCUCACCAAUUGCAGAAUCUCGAUGCUCACUUGCCUGGCAGCUCGAAUAAAAUCCAGGAGCCACAUUUAAAGGAGAAACCUGAUUGUUCUGAGGCCUAUUUUCCUCACCAGCUGCAGAGUCCAGAUGCUUACUUGCCUGGCAACUCAAAUCAUAUGCGGGAGUUACAUUUGGAUGCGGAUGGAAGCUUUGAUGUCUUGAGGCACGACUGUGAUUUUUGCUUAUUGGAACAGUGUGGACAGUCGUAUUUAAAAGGGAGUGUGAAUCUGGAUAGCUUGAGGCCGGAUUAUGAUUUUUGCUUAGUAGAAGAGAAAAAAUUCCUUGAUUCAAUGUACUCUGACUUGGAAAUGCUUUUAUGAUAGAUCUUUGCCAAUAA